GUCUCCCUUAAGACCACCACUCUCGGCUCCUCCAUUGUGGUUAAAUUAUUCAAUUUCUCAACCAACAUCCAGCACUGGGACAUUAUGAAGUGAACACUCAUUGGACAAGUAUCGUCAUAAAGUAACAGCGUGACGUUCGCUGCAGUUUUGCUGAGGCGGUUACGGUCAAACCAAUCUGGAUAAUGAACACGGAUUUCCCAGCAGCUUGUAGCGGUGCUCUAUGCCUCUGUACAAUCCUUUUAUCCCAUUUCAUUAUUUUAGCAAACGGGGAAUCGCAAAUAGCAUGUGGGAAAAGAGCUGUCACAAUAAGAACAAGUCAGUCCCGAAUAGUAGGAGGUCGGGAUGCAGUGGAAGGUGCCUGGCCUUGGCAAGUUAGCCUUCAAGUGACAAACAAACGUGCUCAUGUGUGUGGAGCCACAGUUAUCAGCCAAUGGUGGCUCUUGUCAGCAGCACACUGCUUUCCUUCUACCAAUGGAUUCAAUAAUAAAAAUCAGUGGAGAGCUGUGAUGGGACUGAGAGACCUGUCAAUCCACGCUAAAUGGACAAUUACUCGGAAAAUCGCUGUCUUAAUAUUGCAUGAACAAUACAAUGAUAUCCAAAAUGACAUAGCAGUGCUUAAAGUGGACCGAGCGAUCGGAUUUGCGGACUACAUCAGGGCAGCAUGUUUACCAAAACCAGGCAAAUUUCAUAUUGAAAAAUGGAACCAUUGUCAUGUUACUGGAUGGGGACUUAUGGAACAAAACGGUGCACCAGCACGUAUACUUCAAGAGGCUGCAGUUAAAUUGAUUCCUUUGGAAACUUGUCAACAGGUCAAUUGGUACGGCAGCCGCAUAAACGAUAAAAUGAUCUGUGCAGGUUUUGCAGGUGGAGGCAUUGACGCCUGUCAGGGUGACAGUGGUGGACCCCUGUCAUGUCAGCUUAAAGGUACAGAUCGGUUUUACGUAGUUGGAGUUGUGAGCUGGGGACAAGGCUGUGCACAGCGCUUUAAGCCUGGUGUUUACACAAGUACAAGCACAUACGGUGAUUGGAUUGAACAGAAAACAGGAAUAUUGAUUUCCCAAAGUGAAGACUCUGGUGUGGAAUUUGAAAUUGACAAUGGUGAUGCAGGAACAGAGAGUUUAACAGGAAAACAGUCAGUGCCCCCCACUGUACCUAAUGGUCUGGUGAAGCCGAUCUCACUGGUGCGCAGAAACACACCAGGACGAGCAACUCCCCUUUUAAAUUUGAUUAUUAUUUCGUAUCACUUUUAUAUUAGUUGUUGUUCCUGA